AAUCUACAGCGGUAAAAUAAAUAAAAAGGAGAAAAAAAGCGUCACUGCUCUUUGUUUCCUUCUUCCUUGUUCGCUCGACCUGGCGAUGUCGUCGUACCAGGAGUCGCAGACAAUCCGCAGAAUGUAACGUUGUCACUGCUCGUCUCUCGUUUUCGCGACAUCGGAAUCAUUCGGAUUCGCUGUUCAUCUCUCUGGUCUCUCUGCUCGUCGAAUAGGAAUCAAAAGUCAUUUCAUAACCACUCGUCAGGUGCUAGUCUUUUGGUAGCUGUAUGUUUGUCCACACCCUAGAUUUUAACGAGUGACAUUUAGUUGACGAGUGCGUCUCUAUCCUCAGGCCGAGUUAAGCAUGGAGUGGAUACACAAAUCUAACCCUUGUAUGGAAACUUCGAAUUUGGCAAACGCGGUUCAAAGAAAUCUUCCUCUUCAGCGACAGGAGAGACUUGUUUGCCACUCGUUGCUAACUGAUGUAGAUAUGGACCUUAGAGAAGUGUAUUUCCUGAUUUUGCAUUUUCUUUCUACCGGCCCCUGCGAGCGAACAUUUGGGCACCUGAGAGAUGAAGUUUUUGAAAAAGGGCUUUUGCCCCGUAGAUAUCAUUCUUGGUGGUCAAGAAGUGGCACUUGCAGUGGGCGUGCUGACGAUGAUGGCAUCUCCCUCCCGUUGAAUUAUGAUAAAUUGGUAGAGAGGUAUCCUCAUAUUGAAAAGGAUCACUUGGUGAAGCUUCUCAAACAACUAAUUUCAAAUCCACCUUUUCCUUCACACAUGAGAGUUGAAGGAAAUACUCCUAGUGCUGCUGAUGUUCCAACACUAUUGGGCUCUGGAAACUUUUCACUUGUGGAUUAUAAAAAUAUGGAGUCUCAGAAAGUCAGGCACGUUGCGUCAUACUUACGCUGGCCCCAUAUGCAUGCCGAUCAAGUGCGCGGCCUAAGUUUCAGAGAAAUUGGAGGAGGUUUCAGAAAACACCACCGUGCUCCGUCCAUUCUUUCUGCAUGUCAUACUAUUGCAAAACCAUCAACAAUGGUUCAAAAAAUGCAAAAUAUAAAGAAGCUGAGAGGACAUCGUAAUGCUGUUUACUGCGCUAUAUUUGAUCGUUCCGGAAGAUAUGUUAUCACUGGUUCCGAUGACCGGCUUGUCAAAAUUUGGUCAAUGGAAACUGCGCUUUGCUUGGCUAGCUGCCGCGGGCAUGAAGGUGACAUUACAGACUUGGCCGUUAGUUCAAACAAUGCUUUGGUGGCAUCAGCUUCAAACGAUUUUGUGAUUCGAGUGUGGAGGUUGCCUGAUGGAAUGCCAAUUUCUGUAUUGCGGGGACAUACUGGAGCUGUUACUGCUAUUGCAUUCAGUCCCAGGCAGGGGUCUGUUUACCAACUUUUAUCGUCAUCAGAUGAUGGAACCUGUCGUAUCUGGGAUGCUAGGUACUCUCAAUGUCUUCCACGAAUCUAUGUUCCAAAUCCACCGGAUACUGGCACUGGAAAAAGCAAUUUUACAUCUUCUAACGCGGCAUCUACGAGCAAUGCAUCUCAGAGUCAUCAAAUACUGUGUUGUGCGUACAAUGCUAAUGGAACCAUUUUCGUCACCGGUAGCUCUGACAGCAAUGCGAGGGUUUGGAGUGCCUCAAAACCUAACUUGGAUGAUGCUGAACCGCCUACUCAUGAGCUGGAUGUCUUACGUGGCCAUGAAAAUGAUGUCAACUAUGUGCAAUUUAGUGGUUGUGCUGUGGGUCCAAGAUCUUCAACAGCUGAUACUCUGAAGGAAGAUUGUUACCCAAAGUUUAAGAAUUCCUGGUUUUGUCAUGACAACAUAGUAACCUGCUCUCGUGAUGGUAGUGCAAUUAUAUGGACUCCAAGAUCACGUAAAUUCCAUGGGAAAUCUGGACGCUGGAUGAAAGGAUAUCAUCUGAAGGUUCCACCUCCUCCACUUCCUCCACAGCCUCCUCGAGGAGGGCCACGUCAAAGAAUACUUCCAACACCACGGGGUGUCAAUAUGAUUAUAUGGAGCUUGGAUAAUCGUUUCGUACUUGCCGCUAUCAUGGAUUGCAGGAUUUGUGUUUGGAAUGCUGCUGAUGGAAGCUUAGUGCAUUGCUUAACAGGUCACACGCAAUCGUCCUAUGUCUUGGAUGUCCAUCCUUUCAAUCCUCGAAUCGCCAUGAGCGCCGGCUAUGAUGGGAAAACAAUCAUCUGGGAUAUAUGGGAGGGUAUACCAAUCAAAGUGUACAAAAUCGGGGACUUUAAGUUGGUUGAUGGAAAGUUUUCACAAGAUGGGACAUCUAUUGUGCUUUCAGAUGAAGUUGGCCAGAUAUAUUUUCUAAACACGGGACAAGGAGAGUCUCAGAAAGAUGCAAAAUAUGACCAGUUCUUCCUUGGUGAUUAUCGUCCUCUUAUUCGAGAUACCAAUGGACAUGUCCUUGAUCAGGAGACUCAGCUUCUUCCCCAUCGGAGGAACCUUCAGGAUCUUCUUUGUGAUUCAAGUAUGAUUCCGUAUCCAGAACCUGACCAGACAAUGUUUCAGCAACGCAGACUUGGUGCAUUAGGAGUUGAAUGGCGUCCUUCCUCAAUAAAGUUUUCUGUUGGCCCUGAUUUUAGUUUAGGUCAAGAUUAUAUCAUGCCUCCUUUGGCAGAUCUGGAUAGACUCAUCGAGCCACUGCCGGAGUUUAUAGAUGCUAUGUACUGGGAGCCAGAACAUGAAGUUCUGAGUGAUGACAAUGAUUCGGAGUACAAUGCUGAAGUUUCCUCUGAUGGAGCUAGGGCAAGCCCAUGUUCCAACUCUUCGAAUGAACUUGAGUGCAGUUCCGAGGACAGUGACGUUGAAAACAUUCACGAAUAUAGCUAUCAUCGAAAAAGAAGAAGAAAACAUCCUAGAGCUGAGGUCGCUGUUUCAUCUGGAAGGCGUGAUAAGAGAAUUUUGGAUGAGAAUAAUAACUCGAGAUUUGGAAAUAAGAGAACCAAGAACCCAAGAAUUGGCGUGAAGGCUUCAAAAAGAAAAUAUUUUGAUCUCAAGACAUCACGACCGCAAAGAGCAGCGGCCCAAAAUGCUCGGUCCUUGCUUUCAAAAAUUUCUGGAAGCUCUUCGGAUGAAGUUGAUGAUUCAUCAAACAGUGAAUCUGAUAGAAGCGCACCCCUUUUGCCACUGUUGGAAAAACCAUCUCAGAUGCUGGAAUCUCUUUCAAAGGACAAACAGAAGAAAAUAUUGAUUGUUAAGUUCUCGGGUAAGAAGCAAACAGAGUGUGUGGAAAGCAAGGGAGAUGUAAUGAAUCAAGCUGAUUUGGAUCAUGUUUCUUCUAAAUAUGUGGAGGGGAAUCACAAAGUGACUGGUAGUAAAUACUCCAGAGAAGCUGGGUCAAGUUCUGUAGAUGCAAAAGGUGCUUCAUGGUGUCAGGAUAUGCCCCAUUCUGUGAAUACGCCACAGAGAGAAAAGGCCGAGAAUCAGCUGAUAAAAUCUUCAGAUCAGGGCCACGAUAUGUGCAAGUGGAGGGAAGAGAUUCCUGUUUGUGAAUCCACCGAAUUAACUGUGCCUGAGAACAUUGAAGAACCCCAAACAUUUAAUGGGGAUGAAGAUCUGUCUAGAGUUGAACCAUUGUCUAAUCAGUCAAGACAUUGUGAUAUAGAUACUUCCAUGGAAGCUGAGGAGAUUCUUCCAAAGAAAGUUCCACCACUGAGAAUUAAGUUUCGGCUUCCCAGCAGUCCUCCAAAAGUAGAGCCUGAUGAGGUAGCAGAUGGUUUUGCAUCCAUAGCUCCCUCCUCCAUGAAUCCGACUAUGGAUUCUAAACCUGUUAGAUACUCUCCUGCGCAUGACUUUGAGUUUGGUGAAGCUACAGCCGAUGUGAUACGCAGGAAGAGAUCCGUGAGACCGAAGGCCACUUCGAGUGAAUCUAGUCCAAGAAAUAGUGGAUUACGUUUGAGGUCAGGCUCUGGAUCUGUUGAUAAAGUAAAGAAACAAGGAAUUCCUUCCACGAGCGUGUAUGAUUCUGCAUCACUUGAAGAAUGGCCUUCUACCUCAAAAGCGGGGUCCCGGUCAAGAUCUGCCAGCGCCAGCAAACAAAGUCUCAAUACUGGGGUUAGCUUGAAUAGUGUACCAAGAAAAAUCUCAUGGUUACUGUUGUCAGAACACGAGAAAGGGUGCCGUUAUAUACCCCAGCUAGGGGAUGAAGUUGUUUACUUGAAGCAGGGUCAUCAAGAGUUCCUUAGUGGAGAAUCAAAUGUCAGUGAUCGAUCGAAGUACCUUCCUCGAAACCUAGGAGCGGUAGAGACUUGCAGAGUCGAGAAACUCAAGUACGAUACAUACCCUGGUUCUGGUGAGAGCUGCUGCAAAAUGACCCUCAGGGUUGUGGAGCCUUCUUCAUCACAUGCCUCCCGCAAAGAGUUCCAAGUGACACUUCCUGAAGUGGACUUCCCGGAUUUUAUUGUGGAGAAGAGUCGAUACGAUGCUGCAAUAAAAACAAACUGGGAAGUCGGUGUUGAAUGCCGUGUGUGGUGGAGAGAUGCGCUCCUUGGAGGCGGUACUUGGUGGGAAGGUAGGAUUGAAGCUUCACAAGUAAAAUCCAGUGACUUCCCAGACAGUCCAUGGGAGAGAUACAGCGUUGUCUAUGAUACUGGGGAGCAAAGUCUUCACAGCCCCUGGGAGUUUGAGUUUCCUUGGGAGAACCCUAGUAUCGACCAAAAGACAAGAGACGAACUACUUUCUUUAUUUGCUGGACUGGUGAAGCAUCGGGAUAGCUAUGGAAUCGAAAAGCUGAACGAAGCUGCUCAGAAGAUGGAUUUCCGCAAUAGGUUCCCGGUUCCGUUAUACCCUGAGCUGAUUCACCAGAGAGUAGAGAAUGAGUACUACAGAAGCAUCGACGCGUUUAAACACGACGUGGAUGCAAUGCUCUCAAACGCUGAUUCUUAUUUUGCUACAAACACACAGAUGGGUUCAAAGAUAACGCGACUCCGAGAAAAAUUCACCAAAACGUUAAGAAAGGUGUAGCAAAGCCUGAUGAUGGCAGAAUCCUAAAACCCUAAUCUUCGGCGAAAAGAAGGAACAAGCGAGAGGCGGCGAUCGAGAGCGAGCGAACAACAAUGGCGGGAGGAAAGAUGAGGAAGGAGAAGCCCAAGGGAGCUCCGUCGAACCAGUACCAAGGAGGAAUAUCCUUUCACAAAUCGAAAGGUCAGCAUAUCCUCAAGAACCCUCUGCUUGUUGAUUCGAUCGUCCAGAAAGCUGGGAUUAAGAGCACCGAUGUGAUUCUCGAGAUCGGUCCCGGUACUGGUAAUCUCACCAAGAAGCUUCUCGAAGCUGGCAAGGAAGUUAUCGCCGUCGAGCUCGACUCUCGUAUGGUCCUCGAGCUUCAGCGCCGCUUUCAAGGAACCUCUUCUUCUAACCGCUUGAAGGUAAUCCAAGGUGAUGUGCUCAAGACGGAGCUUCCCCGGUUUGACAUAUGCGUGGCGAAUAUUCCUUAUCAGAUAUCGUCUCCUCUGACAUUCAAGCUCCUCUUCCACCCGACAAGCUUCAGGUGCGCCGUGAUCAUGUACCAAAGGGAGUUCGCCAUGAGACUCGUUGCCCAACCUGGAGACAGCCUCUACUGCCGUCUCUCUGUCAACACUCAGCUCUAUGCCAGAGUCUCCCACCUCCUCAAGGUCGGCAAGAACAAUUUCCGCCCUCCUCCCAAGGUUGACUCUUCUGUUGUUCGCAUCGAGCCAAGGAGACCUCAGCCUCAGGUGAACAAGAAGGAGUGGGAUGGCUUCCUCAGAGUCUGUUUCAUCAGAAAGAACAAGACCCUCGGAUCCAUUUUCAGGCAGAAGUCUGUUCUUUCGAUGCUCGAGAAGAACUACAAGACCCUCCAGGCUGUGCUCGUUUCGUUGCAGAACACCGGAGAACCUGCUCUGAACACCGCCAUGGAUCUCGCGGGAAUAGAAGAAGAUGACGACAACGAUAUGGAUGAGGAUGAUGAUAUGGAGAUGGAGAUGGAUGGAGGAGAAGGAGGAGAAGCAUCAGAGUUCAAGGUGAAAGUCAUGAAUGUGUUAAUGGAAGGUGGGUUCGAGGAGAAGAGAUCUUCAAAGCUAUCACAGCAAGAGUUUUUGUAUCUUCUUUCGUUAUUCAACAAGUCCGGUAUCCACUUCUCAUAAUUCAUUUUAUGGGUCGAUAAAGUUUUGUCCUUUUUUCUUUUUAAUCAAUUCUUCAUCAAAGGAAAGACAAAGUGUACCACCAUGUUUUUGAAGCUUUGACAUUUGAAUGUGAAGAAAACCAAUUUAAAUUAUUGAGUGAUUCACUCUACCCUAUUUCUUUUGCUCAUAAUUA